GUUGUAACUUUCCGAUGUAGCCGGCACACUCUCAGUGAUAAUGAUGAGUUCUAUGAUUGGACUAGUUGACUUUUGAAGAAAUAACCAGCUUCGAUUAAAUUAAAAAGAUAUUGCGAAAAUGCAAUUAUUAUCAUUAUGUAAUAGGCAUAUUACCAUUUCACCUAUUUUACCCAUCGCCAUUGUGUUGAUACUUUUUCUAUGCUCGACCAGUGCACAACAGACAGGAGAAAAGAAAAAGAAAAAUGCCGGUACAACCGACGGUGAUAAUCCAGAUAGUAAGGAAUAUAUUGACAAACUCAAGCAAAAGCAGUUGGUAACUCGAGUUGUGGUAUGUGUAAAGCGUAAUAUAAAUUAUUAGAACCUUAUACACUUAUCAUACUAAUUCAAACUAGGCCUACGUAGCCUACUGUAGACUGUAGACAGUGUAGUGUACUGUAGGCCUACUGACUGUAGUGUAGGGUAUGCCUACUUCUACUUAUAGCCUACUAUAAAUUAUAAAAUAAACUAUUAGUACUAUUAGCCUACAUUUUACUAUUUAGAAAUAUACUUUACUUUAAAAAAACGUAUGUUACUUAUUUUUAUAUAAAUAUCAAAUGUCAAAUAGCUGGCCUAAUAAAACUAUUUCGAUGUUUUGCAAUAUUUGAUUGAGUGCUAGUAUAGUUAUAUCAGGCCUAAUAUUAACUUUAAUAAAAUUGUUGUAAUUUGUAAUCUAAAUAGUGAUAGUCAGAGAGCCAACUUGUAUUAUAAUAAUAUUUAUAUAAAAUAAAGCUAGGCCUAUGGUCUGUAGACAGCUAGUGGCAUAGCUAAGGUUAGUGCUGCCCAAGGUAGGGGGGUGGUGUGUCAAGAUUUUUGCUGUCCCCAUUCCAUGAAGAAAACUCUGCAGUUGGCCAAAUGAUGUCUCUCCUCCACAAAUGGACUUCCCCCUUCCACAACCUCUCCCUACGCCACUGCCUAAUGUUUCCUGUCACGGACUCCAUUCUACAGACUACUCUUCUACUCUGACUACAACAGUACAGUAGUAGAGUUAAGAUAGCCUACACAAUCAGAAAAUGGUUACAUCUUUAACAUAUUUUCAGUGGAGCAGCUAGAGUUGUAAUGUUCAAGGUGGUCCUUAAUUUUUUUUUAAAAAUGGGUGGGAGGGGGUGGGGGGUAACAAAGGGGGAACCCAUGAACCCGCCAUGGGUUCCAACUUCAGGGGUGAUUGAUAUUGUCAAUUUUCAUGUAAAAUUUAAAUAUUUGUGUUAAUAUUAAAUGUUUUAAAUGUAUUGUGCCAUAAUUCAGGCUUUGCCCCUGGCACAGCUUUUGCAUGCCACAACUCUGCAUAUAUAUUUGCAGAAAGUGAUAAAAGCGGUCACCCUUAAAUGAUGUUGCACUAUUUUGGCUGAUUUUUGACCAUCUACCCUCAACUGACACAUGACCUCCUUUAUAGCUUGCCCCUAAAUUGGAUGCAAUUUGCAGGACUUCCUCUGUUGGUCUUUGUCUGCAUGUAUAAUAAUAUGCUAUAGAUUAUAUGGUGUUACUGUAGUCUGGCAAUUGUGGUAAUUGAAACACAUGUCCUUAAGGGCUGAUGUUGGUAUUCAGUCUGGUGCUGUGCGGUUGAGUUGCAAGUUUAGUUGGUUAUGGCUAUGUGCAGGCAAAAGAUCAGGACUUGUACUUGAAGAAAUCAAUUUAAAAUUAACUUAAAUAUUUUGUAUAUGAAUACAUUUUAUUUUAAUAUUUAUUAUAUUGAUUAUUAUAAUUAUUUUCAUUAACAGACAAUUGAAUAGAUUAACUACCUAAAUUUUAACUUUAUACAAUUCAAUUAAUGACACAGAAUGUGUUCUCAAAGUCUGCAAAAGAAGUCAUUUAAUUAUUAAGAUUUACACUAUUAAAGUAAAAAAUCUGUAUAGCAUAAUUCCUGCUGGAAAGAAUCAUUGUAGAACAGUCCAUCGAAUGGAACUCCCCCUAUAUAUAUAUUUUAUAGACUACAAAAAGGCCUUAGAUAGCCUGAACCUACAAACCUUGUGGAAACUUCUUCGGCACUAUGGAGUACCAGGGAAAUUAGUCAGGAUCAUUCAGAGCUCUUAUGAAAAAUUGACAUGCAGGUUGGUCCACGAAUGUAGACUCACAGAUUCCUUUACAGUCAAAACAGGAGUCAGACAAAGAUGCCUCUUGUCCCCAUUUCUAUUCAUCCUUGCCAUUGACUGGAUAAUGAAAAAAUCCACAGACAAAAAGAGGAAUGGGAUGCAGUGGACACUCUGGGAACAACUGAAUGAUUUAGACUUUGCAGACGACAUUGCACUUCUGUCCCACAACCAGCAACAAAUGCAGGAAAAGACAAAAGACGUAGCCACCAUUUCAGCACAGCUUGGACUCAAUAUAAAUAAAAGCAAGACAAAAAUCAUGAAGGUAAUCUCAUCCAACCAAGAACAUAUUUGUCUGGCAGGAAAGGCACUGGAAGAAGUUGAGACCUUCAAUUAAUUAGGCAGCACCAUAGACACAAAUUGCGGAUCCGAUGCGGAUGUAAGGGGCAUAAUUGGAAAAGCUAGAUCAGCAUUUGUGCUACGGUAUUAAAGAAAAUAUGGGAGUCGAAGGAGCUGAAACUGCAAACCAAAGUCAGAAUCUUUAAUACAAAUGUCAAAAAAGUCCUACUAUAUGGUGCAGAAACUUGGAAAACAACAGUGAGCUUUAUGCAGAAAGUUCAGACAUUCAUUAACACAUGCCUAAGAAAGAUCCUGAAAAUCAAAUGGCCAAAACUAUUACCAACAAAGAUCUACUAGAAAGGACAUACCACGUGCCCAUUGAUGAAGAUAUCAUAAAGAACAGGUGGAGGUGGAUAGGCCAUGUGCUCCGAAAACCCCCAGAUAGCACCACCAGACAAUGCCUAACAUGGAACCCACAGGGAAAAAGAAAGAGAGGAAGAUCCUAAGAAUACAUGGAGACGCGAGCUAGAAGCAGACACGCAAAAUAUGGUAUACACCUGGAAGCAAUUGGAAAGGAAAGCACAGGAUCGUGAUGAGAGGAAAAUUAUUAUAGACGUCCUAUGCCUCAGACAGGGUAGAAAGGCAUAAGUAAGUAUAACUAGUAUAAGUCCUGCUGAUAUUUCUGUACCAAUUUUUAUUAUUUUUUUUAUAUGUUGUUUUAAAAAUCAUUCCUGUCUGAUUAAAUUGGGUAUUUAAGCGGAAUUAUUGCAAUAAAUGAUUAAUUAUUAUUUCUUUUUUUUUUACAUUUUAGCACAAGCCUGAUGAUUGCAACAUAUUAUCAGAAGUUGGAGAUGAAUUAUACGUUCAUUACACAGUAUGAAAAUUAGAUUUUUUUUAAUAUUAAUACCAUUAUCAUUAGAAUGUCAAAUAUAGCAGUUUAAAUUUUUUUUUUAUUGUUAAUAGCUUCAAGCAUUUGAAUUUUUAAAUUUUUCCCCACUAUUAAUGCAAUCCCAUAUUAUGAACCCCAAAUUAUAAUGUUGUAGUAGCAAGGUUUAACUGCAUAUUAUAUUGGGUUGGCUGUUUAUUUUAUCAGCUGAUUCAGUAACAAUCGUUCUCUGUUUUAAGGGCUAUCUUGACAAUGGUAAAGUAUUUGAUACAUCAGAACAGGGUGAAAAGAAUCCCAUCUCCUUCAAGCUAGGCAGUGGUCAAGUUAUACCUGGUAAAAUAAUUGCUUUUGAAUCUUUUCAAGUAGGAUAACUUAAUUUAUUUUCUGAUUGCAUCAAAUAGGAGAUGUUUAAGAAAAAGAUAGAUGUGCCUUGAUUAAGUUUAAGUGUAGCUUAAAUAAUCUGGAUUUUCCUCUGUUUUGCGGGAGUGCAUUUAUGGACCAAAAAAUAUUUUUCCAUAAUACCAUAGCAUAAAAAUGGUUAUGAUUACAUAAAACAUAUAUUAAAUUUUAAAGAUUAAUUUACGAACUGUUAAAAAUUCUAAAUGUGUAAUCUAUGCUACUUUCUUAUGCUUUCACUCACAGGCUGGGAGCAAGGAAUGCAGGGCAUGUGUCAAGGGUAACUUUUACUUAUUUUUUUUAUUUCCUUUAUAUCAACUUCGCUUUUGUUCAUGUAUUACUUUGUGGCAGAAAUAUCUUCUGAAGGCUAAAUGACCCACUUCACGUCAUCCUAUCAAGCUGAAACGUGGCACUUACACUCUUUGCUGAUGACAACACAUGUUUUCAAAUUUUUAGCCCCACCCCCAAUCCCCAAAAAUCAGUUUUCCCGUUUUUCAAGUGUGUAGGGAUGAUUUUUUUUCAAUGAGUGCAUGUUUUGAUGUGCAAAUUUAUUGUGUAUCUGUUGCUAUGUGCUUAGUAUUUGUGAUGUGUUUGGUUAUAAAAAGGAUUUAUGUGAAAACUUUAUUUUUAGAGGUUGGUUUAUUAUAUCGAUUAAAAAAACUGGCAACAGAUUUAAUAUAUAUAAAAAAAUUUUUUUUGUUCCAGCAUAAUUUUAAGCCAAUUAUAAUCAUCACACCAUCUAAUAAGAAUUGCUUGAAACAAUUAUAAUGAUUAGCUUUCAGUCUUAUAACUCUUUUAUAAGAUAGGCCUUGAAUAAUUUGAUCAUCCUUUAUUUAAAACAAAUAAGGGGGCAUGCAAAAAGCUAUUCAAAUGAAAGACAUCAAGACAUUGUAUUUCAGUGAGAGGCGCCGCCUUGUUGUCCCCCCAUCUCUUGCCUAUGGUUCAGCAGGAUUUCCUCCAGUCAUACCGCGUAAGUCAAAUUGAAAUUAGCAGCUCUUAAACUCAAGACGACACUUUUAACAGUAGUUUAGUAAGUAAGCUGAUCUAACACUGGAAUAAGAUAUUGUUUGCCUAAAAAUUUUGUGAGACAUUUCACUUAUUUUAAAAUAAUUUCAAAAAGAAAAAAAAAAAUGUUAUCCUGCUCUACAGCUGAUGCCACUCUCAUGUUUCAAGUUCAUCUGGUUCAGCUGGUUAAAAAAACAGGCUUAAGCAUGCUGACCAACCCGGAGGAGUACUUCCAGCUGUUAAAAUUGUUGGCUGCCCCUGCCUUUGUGGGGUAUGUCUGUUACUACCUUUAUCGUCAGUACAUGAAUGAAACUGCUAAGGCAAAGGAGAUGAAGCGGCAGUCUGGCAGCAAAAAAUACUCGAAAAGGAAGUAGUUGAUGAUGGAAAAAUAGGAACUUUGUUUUAGAGUUUGAUUUGAAAUUUUGUUUUGUUUUUUUUUGGAUGCAACCUUUUAAUGGCUUGUAUUAAUUCAUGGUAAAAUUUAUUGGUCAAGAAUUUAAUGAAAUAAUUUCUUAUUUGAACUAUUGAAACUAUUUAUUUAUUUAGUAUUUAAAAGUUUUAAGUUCAUCAAUCUUCAUCCUUUGGAUUUGUUUUUCUAUCAUGUAAGACUAAAGAACAAUCUAUUUAUUCUAAAUAUUAGAAUAAAUAUAAAAGAAAAUGAAAUUUUUAAAUUAUAUCUUUAUUAUUUUUACUUAAUAACACUAAAAAGGACACUUAUUUAUAAGCCUUACAGCAUAAAAAUCUUGUGUACAUUUGCCUGAUUAUUGUUGACUAGAAAUGUUGGCACUCUCUAUGUUACUAUUUCCUCUCUGAAAGAAGGGCAUUAUGUUAAUGGGGAUGCAAUGAGAAUGUCAAAAUCAUGUGAUAAUCACUUCAACGAAGUUUGCCUACUCCUAAAGUGCAUUAUUAGUAAAAUGUCAUUUAUCAUGGUGAGAUAAAAUUGUAAACUAAAAUUAUUUAUUUCCAUAUUAUUUGACUGAAAUACACCAUUGCCAUUUAUAUGGAUUGCAGUUAGAUGGAACUAUGUUUUUACCGAUAAUUCUUUUUUUGUUUUACUUUUACUUUUACACCUCAGAUCCCCUCGUUACAAAAAAAAUAAAUUAAAAAAAUUGAAAAAAUAUAUUUUACUACCAGUACCAUGUUUUUUACAGUAUUGCUCAAGCAAGGUGUGCAUUAUAUUUUUAAUUAAAUAUAAAAGAUUGACCAAAACAGCUUUAAUUGAUUUUGCUAGAGCCAAAAUAUAAUGAGGUUAUCCUUUUCUUUUUAUAGACUUCAAGUUGCAUGC